AUGCUGCCCACCGCCUUUGAUGUCUUGAAAAUUGUGCUGGCCCUUCUGCCGGCAUUCGCCGUGGGCUUGGCCGUGUUCCGGCAAUCCAAGCUGGUGGCGGCCUUUGCACAGCUCAACGACCUGCAAGAACGUGGAGAGCGACAGCAGGCGCUUGCAAAGAAAGCCAUCGAAGUGGACAAAGAGUGGUUCAUGAUCGGUGUGACGAACAUGGUUCUCAGCGCAUACAUCGUCGGCGCCUUUCCACCACUCUACUUCGUCUACUUCACACCCAAGGUACUGUCUCUUAUCGGCCUACGCUUGGUGAAGUUUUACCGCCGGAAGCAGCAUUUCCUUCUUUGGGACUUCUGCUACUGGGCUAACUUUCUCUGCAUCUUCUACUGCUGGGUCAUGCCCAAGUCACCGCGAGUCUUCCGUGUGGUAUUCAUGUGCGCCAAUGGCCCCCUGGCAUGGAGUGUGCUAGCCUUCAACCAUGCCAUGGUCUUCCACUCCUACGCGCACAUGACAUCGGUGGUGGUGCACGUCUCUCCCCUCCUGCUGUCCUACGGCCUUCGAUGGAGUGCAGCACCCGUUUCAGAAGACUCCAUCGGGUCCCACCACUUUCGAGUCUGUGAGAGCCAAGAGUCCUGCAAUGAUAUUUCGGCCUUUCAGCUGAUCUGGGAGACCUUGACUGGCUUCUACUUGUGGUGGUUGGUUCUCUACUACGUUUGGAUCUUUAUCGCCCUGGGCUCUUACAUCGAGAAGCACUCCUACCAGACGCUUUGGGAUCGAAUCUUGGUCAUGAAGCCCGUCGGCCCCUUCUUGCAGAACAUGCUCAAGAAGUUCCCGAAGCUUCUCGUGCAGCUCGUCUACCUCCUGAUCCACCUCGCCUUCUCUGUAGCAACCAUGCUUGUGGCGGUGCUGAUGUGGCGCUCCCAAAUCGCACACUUCACCUUCUUAUCAGCCAUUGUCCUCUCCACGAUCAAGAACGCUGGCGACUUCUACAUGGACGUCAUCAGCAGCAAGUACGAAGAAGCUGCAAGCAACGCCAAGGUUCCCGUGAGCAAGAAGAUCCUGAGCGCCUCAGGGGCUCUUGCCGACGUCAUGCUGGGUCCAGUUCAGGAUCAGUCUGAGGAGCGGACGCAGAAAGAUCUGCUCCUCAUCGAGCCGGACUUGGUCCAAAUGGCCAAGGGCCUCAAGUGCAACUUCCUGGCCGUGGAGUAUCCUGGCUACGGCCUCUGUGCCCGCAGCAAAGGAUGCGAGGAGAUCAGCUUCGAGGGAGUGGAGGACGUAGCGCUCCAUGCCUUGGUCUACUGCGUCUCUGUGCGUGGCAUUCCUCCAGAGAAGGUCCUGCUUCAUGGAAGAUCUCUUGGAAGCGGGCCGGUCCUGCGACUCGCCAAGCGGGCGCGUGACCUGAUGAGAUGGCACAUUGGUGGGGUCGUGCUGCAGUGUCCCUUCAUCAGCAUCCGGCAGGUUGCAGCAGACUACGUGGGCCUCCCAGGGAGCUACCUCAUCCCAAAAGACUGCUACAACAACCUCGACGCCCUGCAAGAGCUGUGCCUGGAGCCUUUGAACUCUUGGGUGCCCAUCCUGAUACUCCACGGCGAACUGGACAAGGUCAUCAAGCCGUACCACGGGAGGGCAUUGCUGCAGAAGGCCGUGGAAACUGGACAUCCCCAAGUGGAGGGCGUCUUCCCACCUCACGCCUCGCACAACCACUGGAGCCUUCGAGAGGAUGUCGUCAAGCCGAUGCAAGCGUUCUGCCAACGGCAUGUCGCUGGCUGGCGCGAGCAGCAGGCUUUCUGGUCUGGUGAGAGCAUCUCACUGAAGUGCUUCUGA